ACAACACUUGCCUGUGUGAAAAUGUCUGAAGAGGAGUUGGAGCAAAUGACCAGAGCACUAAAGGAGGCUGCCAGCAAAUUUGGGCUAAACAUAAACGAAGCCAAGACAGAGUACUUCGUUGUGACGCAUGGUCAAAGUGAGACUGCAGAACCCUCAUUAACAACUGAUGACACCUGCAAGAGACUCCUGAACUGUGAAGAUACUGCUGCGCCCCUUGGACCAACUCCAUUCUGUUCAAAAAUCAGAUUCCGUGCCCACACACAUUCAGCUACGCUCCUCAGUCCACCUGAAAAACUGAGUCAGCAUCCCUCCAUGAUGAAUGAGAUGUUGAACUCAGGAGAAGACAUUAGAAUCAUGCAUUUUACAGUUUGGCACACAAUUUCCUUGUAAAAGCAAUAA